AUGGAAAUCAACCCAGUCGAACCCGCGACGCUCCCGCCGGGCGAACUCAGGAUGCGCGUGGACACUAUAUUGGAGCACGAAAAGCAGUCAAUUCUCGAGCUCUACAGGUUGCAUCCUCUAGAUGAAUUGAUUGAUUACUUGAGGACAUUACAUGGCGUCUCUGUGCGGAGGCGGCAUGUCGUCUACAAACUGGGAAUUUGGGGAGCCUCCAAAGACAACAAUCGCGAUGAGGAAAAUUUAUCCUCAAUUUUAGGUCAACAUAUUCAAGAACUAGUCAAGACGGGCUCCCUGUUCGCAAACCCCAACCCCAAGGGAUGCCACUUGUUUAAAUGGGCCAACGAAGCCGACCAAAUCAUCCAUGAUUUCCGCCAUAACGACAGUCAUGACACUCUUUCACCUUCAUCUUUUACAAAACUGUUGAAAGAUCUCAAUGGAGUCAUUACGGAUGAGCACCCUCAGCUGAUAAGGGUACUAUUUGGCGUUUGGGAAGGUAUUACACAGAUCGAUGAUACCAACACUGCAAGCAGAUACUUCAUCCAUCAAGUCUAUGAUAUCUGUCAGGAGCUUCUCGGUGAGGAUAAUCUCAUCAGAAGAACCUUCGGUUGUCUCAAUUUCGGAGUCUUCAAGCCAGCGGAGUGUCUGGAGCUCCUCGAGCUCCUUCCAGCAAAGCUUUUCGCUCAAAAGUCUGAAAGCCUUGGUCCAAGUUUCGAGACGAGCAACAAGACGAACGACAAGACGAACGCCAAGACGAACGACUAUCAGACUAUAUCCUCAGAGAGUAGGAAGACUGCCGUUGAUUUCUGGGUUCAAAGGUCACUCAGCGACUUCUCUCAGCAUACACUUUCGAAAAGGAAAAGGCGCCAUAACAUCGGCAGCUUGGCUAUUCGGCAUCUUUUUGAGAACAACGACGGGCAAGAAAGGCGAUUAUCAAAAUCGGUUACUCAACACUUUCCUUGGAACACCUCGACGGAGAGGUGGCUAGCUGACCCAAGUCAUGGGCCGCCUUACACCAGUCUUCAACCACCACCAAACAUCUUCGUAUCGCCAAAUGGCGCCAAGAACAUUGCAUUUGGCACUUUAUUGCGCAGCCAGACACAAUCAUUCAUCGAAAUCGAACGUUCCAACGAACUCGACACUGAAGACUCUUGGCCUCCACAGAAGCCCGGACAUGUAUCUCCACCACUUUUGGAGCAAGUUGGACAAUCAUCGAUCAAAACUCUCCAGUACAAUCCCUCAAAGGACUCUUUAGAAGGUAGCGACUUCGAUGUUCUUGAGCUCUCGGGCAAUCAAACAUCUGAUUGUCAGACGCCUGAUAAUGAAUCGCCUGAUUAUCGGUCGAAGACACAAAGCACUUGGUCGCCGCAUGAGAAUGAGCGUCAAGUGGCUGUGGGUGAGAGUUCAGGUUCUCCAUACGGAGAGUCGGAUAUUACGAGCGAUUCGACGGCGGAUGAACAACAACAACAAAUGCGAGCAAUGGAAGCAGAGAGGCGCCAGAUCGUUCAAACAGUUAUGGAUGCGUUUCUGCACGACUUGGAUAGUCAUUUAGAGGAUAUCACUGGCAAUUUUGUUGCCAUCAAAGAAGAGGAUGCAGGUGAACCUACUCAGGCUCCCUCAGGGGCUGAGGGGUUAACCAAAGGCGAACAGGGCCAAAAGCCUCGAAAACAACAGAAAUUGUGCGGCAAGGGAGGGGAUUGCGGUAGACGGAAAGGCAAAGGUCUUGCUGACGACGGAGAUGAAGACGACGAAAGCGCCGAAGACGGGGACGGCAGUGAGCGACGCCGCAAAGUGCCAAGCAUGCAAGACGGGCCCAAGGUUAUACCGCUUGCAUGCCCCUACUUCAAGUGGGACCCUCAUGGAUGCCCCAGAAAGAAGGAAUGCGCAGGCCCGGGGUGGCCUUCAGUGCAUCGCGUGAAAGAGCACCUCUACCGCCGGCAUGGAUCGCCAUUUGAAUGCCCUAGAUGCCGACGGGAUCUCAAGGCGCAAAGUGCGUUGAAUUCGCACCUCAAACUCGCCCAGAUUUGCGAGGUUAACAACGAAUUAAAUCUGUCUGGAAGGUUCAGAUUUGGGCCGGAUAUCGAACGUCGACUCAGGGUCAGAUGCUCAUCGAAGCAGACUGAAGCAGAUAAAUGGAAGCACGUGUACCGAACUCUCUUCGACGUUAGGGAAGAUGAAAUACCCACACCUUACUAUGAUCAUGAUGUCUCCGCAAUUGAUCGAGAGGAGACCUGGAAGGAGUACACGCGCCGUGAGAUCAUGAUCCUCCUUCGAGAGCGCAUCGAAGCUGAGGUUGGGCGAAGAUUUGCGGCUAUGGCACCCGAGCUUAUAGACGGGCUGAGGGAUAUCGUCCACGACCUGGAGCUCGUACUAAGAGAAAACUUCGAAAAGAGUCGGGAGCAAGCUAGAACCAUUGAUCGAGACGAGGCCUUUGUCAGACCGCCCUCGUUGCCAGUUGCCGGCGAAUCCUCUACGAAUACAGCCCAGACACCAGGUAACGAGGAGGGAGAGAUGGCAGUGGUCUCAGGGUUCGUGCCCAGUACGGAUAACAACUUGACGGAAAAUCUCUCUGUCGACGAUCCGCAGCAAGGGCUCUACUCUGCCUGGACGGAAGCGAGGGAAAUGGGCACGCAGAACCAGGGAAUGGUGGGAGGAGAGCAAACUUUCGCCUCUUCACUAUUGGGUGACGACUUUGACUUUGUCAACUAUGACGGAGGCAACAACAUGUUUUGA